GACGGCACAUUUGAACUCAACUAACUUGCAUUUCCAUACGCGUAUUUUCAUUCAUUUUCCGCUUCCUGUAAUUGAAAUUCGGCGACGUGUCUUUAAUUGUCGAUUGCGUGGGCGUAUUUUUUACAAUCAUACCUACGUAUAUCUCUUUGUGGGGACAUAAAGUGUCCCCCAUUUCCCAUAAAACCCAGGGGAAACCCAGCUCACCACUCCACUUUAGAUAGUGCUAAUUGGUUGGGCUUGAAGCGGGCUAAAACCGGCCUAGUAAUGGUAAUGGUCUUGGAUCAGGUCAUCCGCUACCGUUUGUUCACCAACGUUUCCCCCCCAAAAACAUAAACUAAUCUCGGUUCAUCUGACAACCAGGAACGUCUUUAUGGUCGCUGCUCUUGAAUACUUACUGUGCACUGCGGAAAAACAUGGAAACGAUAGCUUCAGCACACACAGAUCAAGCCCAACUUCAGAUUCAGCUAUGGCUACGGCUUUUCAGUUUGGCUCCAGCAACUGCAAGUCCAAUAAAUAGACCUCGCUCGCAAAAUGUAACAAAGGAGUUGCGCGGAAAAAAGUUGCCCAACGGCUGGUGGAAGAGGAGGACGCAGGGGGGAGCAUGGAGGAUGCUGGAGGAGGAGGAGGUGACCAGUCUCGAUCUCGGUUUUAGACCAAGUCCAGGCCAAGCCUUUGCCAAGCGCCCACUUCCUACUUGUUGCUGCACGCUGCCCACCAAGCCUCCACUUAGAAGCUGCACCACCGAGAUUUGGUUGUCGUUUGGUUCGGUGCCCCGCUUGAAUCGCUGACUACAGUGGCCAUUGGCUAGGAAGAAAAGCCAUUAGGAAAGUCAUUAUCAUAACCUAUCUUUCUCAUUUAUAAAGGAUAUCCUGUUUUUAGGAUCUUAUGUUAGAAAA